AUCACAAGCUUUCCAUCAAGAAAGAGAAAUUGUGAAGAAUUUUCCACAGGUAGGACGCAAGUGAGCUUAAAAAUUCUCCUUUGAACGCUGAAAGUUUAUCUUUGGUGUUAAUUUUACCGCAGUCGAAAGAUCGAAUCUUAAGUCUCUCACCAUGUAAUAUGAAUAAUCUAUGAAAAAUUUAAUCCAAAGCUGAUUGAAAUUGAAAGUUGGCCAUAAGGUCAACAUGGCCGCUGGUUUUUUGUUUUUUUUAAGCACAAUGUAGUUAAUCUUAAUUCUUCACACCCUGGCGUUUUUAGUGAAACUGAAACCAAGGAUUCGUAACGGCCUAUUUAUGGUCCAGCUUUUUUAUACCCUCAUUAAACACAUUUAGUUCUGAAAAGCUUUUGAGAGGGUGUUCAAGACAGAUGCAAAAGAUGAAUUAAACGUCCUCUUUAGCAGAAUAUUAAACAUUAAAAGAAAGAAAUGAAACUGAAAAAGCGAUGGUCGAGGUGGUUGCAAGGAGGCGACCAAAUCAGGCAGAACGGUUUUAAAACUUGAGUAAAUGCAACUAGACUAUUGUUAGUGGUGAUAACUAUUCACUGCGUCUCUUAGUGAUCAAUUGUGGCAUAUGGACAACUGUUAGCUAGUCAAAUGUGAUCAUGUGAGGCAGACCAAAUGUGUUUUGUUUUCGACAAAAAAUGCCUCAAGGUUGACAUUUGUCAUAUUUUCUUUAAGGAAAGUGCGUGAACAAGAAAAGUCUCUCUGGUUCGUAUAAAAAUGAUACUUCUUGGAUUUGCCGAGGAAAAUUUGGAAUAUUGGACUUGAACUGUUCAAUCAUGGGGGCACACAAGACAAGGCAACAAGGACUUUCACCCUGCUGCGAGGCCACAAUUACAGCUGGUAACCGGACAGAGAUAUAUCAUAAAGGUAUCAUAAACUGUAAAGUCAGCAAGAGAUAAUAUACAGAGAUUUUUUUAAUCACCACUAAUGAUGAAUGCAACGCGGCAAAUGUUGUUGUAAAAUUUCGUUUCCGUUUUGUUUCCUUCUUUAAUUAGAAGGCUCCCAACAGUUUUUGUUUUGUUUUGUCUUACCUUGACGUCUACCUUUUAAAAUCCCAACCUUGGUCCAGGCUCUUUCUCCCGUUUCUGCCUUUUCUCCCAACGUGACCACCCAGAUUCGGGGCGGGGUAAAAACUGUUUAAAGGGCAGAGUAGCAGAGUGUCUUCAUUACCAGUGUGACAAAUUUAGUAUGUCAGGAUGGAGGGUUAUCCUGUCGUCACAGAGUAACAGCAGGUGUUUUCGCGCUAAUUAGGGAGAUUUUGCAAAGACGAUAGCGCCUGCAGCGACAGAGUCUUUUUAUUGUUAUUAUCAAAAUAUAGUCGGGUUUGUUUUCAAACUUGUUGCGACUUUAUUCAACUCGUAUAAAAAGUCAAAUGUAGGUGAAUUUUCCUGGAGUUAAAUUCUUGGGUACCGUAUCCAAGUUUACAAAGAGAGAGAAACAUUCUUCUAAGUGUUUUCACGUCCCGAAGUUGAGAUAUCACCCUCGGCUCCCGUGAAUGAUCAAAAGUCGAAGAAUGCCUCAGCAACUUCUGCAGCGACUGCCACAACAUCGACAAGGAGCCGAACGCAGCCCCUUCUGAACACAGCGUCAUUUUGAAAAUACAACUGUUCAACUUCACUCUCCCCUCGAUAGCUUUUUAGUAUGUAAUCAUCCUGUCGACAAAAUUUGAUCGAGGACCGACCCAUAAGUGCGGUUUUGAAUGGGAAAGGUGGUCACAUGAUCAGGUCUAACCAGGGUCUCUGCCGAAUUUCUUUACUCGAUGACAAGGGAGGAAAAUGAGAGAGGGCCUGGAAAUGAGGUCGAUUUGUGCCAAGGUAAUUUUCUAAGUUUCUUUGUCAAUCUCCAUCUCGGCACUGAAGUACAAAGAAAAUCAUUACUUAAGGUACAACUCAAUGAAUAGUUCUUCUCUUAUAUUCAUAUUUUUUCCUGCUUUAAGUUAAAUGUGUACAAGAUGAAAUUCACAUGGGACCUUAUCAUGAGUGGCAAUGUCAGUGGUCCAGUAAUUAUCUCGAAAUUUCCCCCAGCAACGCGUGGUUAGUACUAUACAGAAAUUGCACACAAGUUGCAAAUGAUCCUUCGCCUUACUUAUGUAAGUACAUAUAUCCUCGCAUGCCGAUAUAAUUAUUCGAAUCUUUCAUGUCAUUCUUUGCUUCCUGAUCGUAUUUGAAGCUAUCAUUUAUUGCCAGAUUUAUCUGCAUUAGAUUGCGACUUUGUCACCUUUCCUUCGACUCUUGGGACCGUAAACCUGUACUUUUGCACUGGUCUCGCGGUGCCUUGUCAGUUACUGAGGUCCCUGCAUUAUUUGUGACAUUCCCAGAUAGUAUUAGAACGUUCCACGUGACAGUGCCGAACAGUAACAUUAAUGCCCAGGGAAAACUUAAAUCUAUUCCAUAAAUUCACAAAUCACAUUUAACAAAAAACGUAGCCGAUUUUUUUGAGGGAAGGGGCGGCUGUACACAGGCUACAAAAAACGAUGCAUGUCUGCGAUAUUUCGUUAAGGUUUUUUUAUAGUCGAAAGUGCACUUAGCUUAUCCAGCUAGUUGGCAGGCACUCCACUAAAAUACUUAAAAACAAAUAAUUCAAGUAGAACAAACAGGAUUAAAAACCCCAACUGGCACGAGGCAACCAGUUGGCCAGUAUUUACAAGCGUGGCCGAGGAUUUCAACUCGGGCCAAUGACCGAUAACAAAUCCAGCGAGUGGCCAGAGCGGGACUCGAACCUGAGACCGCCGGAUUGCGAGUCAGUCGCGCUGACCACUUGGCCAAGCUGCCUCCUUCGCAUUCAUUUUGGUGAUUGAAAAAGAAGUUUGUACCACUGAAGUUUCUAUAAAAAAAACUGUUUAGUUGAAUUUUUUAAACGAAAUUCAUGCGUAACAGCAAGUUAGAGUACCAAUAAUUAACUUUAAAACAGUUUCAUUUGUGUGCAACAGUUUAAACACCGUCUCGCCCCACCCCCAAUCCCCCCCAUUAAACUUCCUGGACCUGCCCUCUAGCUGGUGAGAAGGACCUACAAUAGUUUAACAACUUGAAAUGCUGUAUCCAGAAUAACAGAACGCAUCAAAAAUUGUGUGACUUCCAUUAUUGACCAAUGAACCCACCUCCCUAUUAUUAAGGAGCUUAAGCAACGACGACGGCGACGGCAACGAGAACGGCAAUAAAAGCAAUAGGUUUAGAUUGGCAAGGCAACAACUUUGCACGUUUUUUUGUACAUCUCUUGGCCGUCGCUACACGACUGCAACGUGAGAGUGCUUGAUUUCACGUUUUGUUGAGGACGUGAACAAAGCCAACAAAGUUUCUUUUUCUUUUCCUGAACUUUGAUACAGGCCUUUAAAAUUCACUCUAAAAAAAUCUGCCAACAUUUGACGAAUUAAACGAGAUGGAAUAAGCGAGAUAAAGUUUGAGGUAGCGCGACUUCACUUUUUAUAGCCGGACGUUUUCCGCUGUCGUUGUCGCUUUAGCUCCCUAUUGAUCCCGACUCGACUGCUGAAAUACAAGAUGAAAUAAAAAUUGUAAUGAAGUUAGAAACAGUGAAACUUAUGCUUGACACGUACUUCAUAAAGGAGUAAUUUUUCUUGGUGAUUGUUUAUUUGAAGGUAUGAACAGUUCUCAGAAGGGAAAUACACACAACAAGGAAAGAGCUGUAAAUGUAGGCUUUCUCAUAUGUUCGUCACUUUAAUUUAUUUGUAUGCCACCUCAAAAUUUUGAGCUUGUCUCUUUGUUUAUAACCAGGCGUAGUUAAUCGAUUGAAAUCGAUAUCGGAAAUCAAUCAAUAUAACCUGUAUCAAUUGAUUUAAUCCGCCGAUUGGUUUUGAUUGAUAUCGCAAACGAUAGAAAUCGAAGUCACAGAAAAAUCAGUUUAUUGACUAGAAGGUCUCGUUGAGAAGGGAAGUGCUACCGUUAGUUGCGAUGCGAAUAGGACAAAGACAGUAUGUAGAACAGUUUAACAUAUGAAUUUUUUUAUUAAAGUUAAUAACUUAGACUUGUUGGAAUUAUGAAACGCUCUGAGCAAAAUACCAAAACUGAACCGAUCACAAUGCAAUGCAUGCUUACAUUUAGAUAACUCACUAAAGUUUCAAUAUGAUUCUGUAAUUCGUUUUAAUAAUUCACUAAAUUCUAAAACAACAGCAGUGCUGAUAGGCUGUUUCGUCAUCGAACAAUCAUCGUACACAUGACGAGAAGAGUUGUGAACAAAUAACGUAAAGGCCAAAACUUGUUUAUUCACAGGUCAGGUAGACGUACAGCACAUGCCGUUCACUUAUGUAAGUUACAAUCCUUGUUCCCGAGAUAACAAUCUGUGUGACAAAAGAAUACUCGCUAUAACUAAUCUUGAAACCUAGAAUAAAAAAGAAAAAACGAAAAAAAAUGUUCCGUACAGCACUUCUUGACCGUUUAAAAAGAGAGCAAACAUCCCAUGGACAACGAUUUCUGCACAGAUCUUACAUGAGAACAAAACAAAAUAGUGGGUUGCUACUAAGAGAAAAACAGGCACGACAGCUAAGCACUUGCUUAGACAAACCGCUGACUGCACCGCGCUGCAGUCACAGAUUGAUUGGACCAUCGAACCAUUGAACCAAAAUUCUCACACUGCUCAAGAAUAUGGCCUGCUACCGGCUAAUGUCCGGCAGCAAUUAUUAGCGAUGAACAAAAAUCGAUAACAAUCGAUAGUAAUCGAUAAUAAGUGAUAAUCUUGAGGAGUAUGAGGUCCAGAUACUCUGAACAUGACGAUCCUAUUUGGCAAACAGCACCCACGAGACCAACUUAAUAAGCCUAUACCAAAUUAUAUUUUUGAGUGCAGCAACUACUCCAGGCGUAGUCUUCAAAGCGUUCCAUUUUUUGUUUCCUUUGUUUUAAAAGAUCUUUAAAUGUCCUUUCACUCCUGCGCCCUCGUCAGCAUCUUGCAUUUCCAGUCUUUCCUUGUAAUCUCGCUCACAUUUGAAACCAAUUAAUGUGGUAUACGCACUGGCGUUUAUCAAAACCUCCAGAUCACUGCAAUCGUCGUGCUUGGCUCGGCGAAAGCCGUUAUGACUAUGUCACUGUGCGUACAAAUCUUUUCAGUAUUUUAUCAGUUAAAAAAAAACUGCCUAACAUCAGGAAUGAAUAAUACCGUACAGAAAUGCUACCGAAUGACUCAAAUCAAUCAUAAUCGAUUUCUAUCGGAAAUCGAUAUUAAUAGAAGUCACAACUCUUUUUCCUUAUCGAUUUCUAUCGAUCGAUAUGGAAAAUUGAUAUUUAUCGAUUAUUGAUAUCGAUUACAAACGAUUGUUAUCGAUUAUCGGUAUAUCGAUUAACUACUCCUGGUUUAUAAAGUCAAAGAUGUGUAUGAAGGCAGAGGUACUACACAGUGUUGCUACAAUAGAGGACAAUGGUCGUUUUCAACCCCGCCCAAGACGGGUUAUCCCUCGGAUAAUUCGCAUGAGACGGAUAAUCAGCCUUAUUAAGGGGAAAACGGAGCGGUUUUAAUUUUGGACGAAUAAUGAUCUAUCCCGACUUUAUCCGUCUGUUUAUUCGUUAAUUUUCACGGAGUUUGAUGACGGAUUACCCUUCUUGGGACGUUGAAAAUGGCCAAUAUCGCACUGUUUUUACGCAAUCCCCGACCUUGCUGUCAGCCUCUGAAGUUAUUAUAAUAUAAACCUUUUUGUUCAAUUUCGACCGUUGAGGAGAAAGAAAUGUAUUAGGAGAAAAAGUCUUAAUCUGUACACCUUAACCCUCGAUUCCUCUUGCACGUAGCGCAAUUUCACGUAAGACGUUCUUUAAACGUAUGCUCCAGAAGCGAGCAAGUCUUGGGGUUGAUUUCCAGUGUCAUGUAAUUAUUACGUGCGUAAGUGCGUAAAUUUUACGUCCGCAAAUAAAAAUGAGGCAAUGCAUGAAAGGUCGCUCGUAACCGUAAAAUUUGAACUUCGCUCGACUUCUCGUUUAAGUUCACCCUUUUAUCUUGCCUGUUUUUUAUUUACGUGAUUAAAAUUCAUUUUACGUGCGUUAACGUGCCUAGCCAAAAACACGUAAGUGGAAAUCAACCUUUAGGGGAAGAUCUGGAUCUGUUAUACCCCCCAAAAAUUAUGGUAUUCAAUUUCAACGUUGAUAUUUUCGCCUGGUUAACACAAGAAAGAUUCGACCGAUGGUAACGAGAUCGUAAAGUAUUAUUUGAUACUUCACGUGAAUUGCUGAUUCUAUAGUUUCACGAAGACCUAAGAUGAAUCGUGAAAACUCCUUUUGAAUAAAUUAUAUUUGUUCUCCGAGACGUACUUGACAUGCUACAAUCUACCCUUAACUUGUGACGGUUUUUUAAUAUUUCGAGAAUAUUGUACUUUUUGGUAUUAUAAUAUUAUUUGUUGCCUGAUGUUUUGUAAAUAUUGACAGUUAAAAGGGGAUGCGUGAUGAAUAUUUAAAGAGAUCGCUUAAAAGUGCCAAUGUUGACAGAUAAUAAUAAAUAACAUAGUGACAUUUAUCCAGUCAUCGAAAAGGGAUGGUUUUAAAGGCGCUGUUAGAAAAAGGUUCCUCUACUAAAAUAACUAUCAGAGAGAAAUGAAAUCUGACAUCAAAGCAAAGUUCCUUCUGGCUUUCAUCGUGUUACUACGUAGCGAAGAGGUUUGAAAAUGUUUGUUUAUGUCAUAUUUUAUCACUGAUCAUAGACAUCAUCCUACAUUUUCUUAACCCUCUGUUUUCUGAUGUAGCCAACCAGAGCUCAAAACACGGACUGUCAACCUAAAAAAGGUAAGCAUGUUCGAUAUGUCUUCCUAACACUAUCGACCUGUCAUUGCCCCUACAACUGUAUAAAGGUUUUCUAAUGUAGAAAUAUCUUAAUACAGCUUUAAUUGCGAACGAGCCACAAACAAAAGUUUAGUAAGAUAUUCGGAAGCCACUGAAUAAACUUUGUUGUCUAGUAAGUUUAUGACAACCAGGUUGAAUAUAUAAUUUGUCCACCUAAAAGUUUAUAAUUAAAACGGCGUCUACACUAUGUUUACCUUUAGGCCAUGAAAUUAAUUUAUUUCAAAAUUUUUGGAUGUAGAAUCCAUUUGUUAAAACUAUGAAAAUAAAUGGGACGGAUGAGUGCAUUUUUCUGCCAAUUGUUAAUUCAGUUUUUGAUAAGCUAGAUUGUGCUUUAAGCGAAACACGCUAUGUACGAAUUUCCCGAUAUCAUAACUAACUUAAGUAGCAUGCUCGAAAAAAGCUGUCAUUCUUUUUCCAUACUCAAAUUAUGUAAACAGUCUUUUAUGAAUAAGUUCUUGCCCAAGAAGAAUUACCAAGUUAAAGUUGCGUUUGUUUGACGGAUGGUGUUUUCUACAGCUCAUGCCAGAAGAAAUUACCCAGUCUGUUACGAGCAGUCGGCAUGUGAUAGGCAAGCAAGAAGAGAUUCCUACAUGUUCCGGGUUUCAUUUAAGGUUGACAAGGCUCAAACUAAAUGCAGAAAAGAUAUCUGAAAAAUAAUCAUUAAAAAACUCAACUUGUCCUUUAAAGAUCUUAAAACCCUCAAAUUGUAGCGCCUCCUCGCUAAACAUUAGCAUAAUCACCAGCUAAAGCGUACUCAGUCAUGUGAAGGAAAGAUCCAGAGCUUUACAUAAGACACGUUUGGAAACUUCCAGAUGUUUUUACCUUGAAUAAAAAAUUAGUAGUUAAUUAAAUUAUUAAGUGUGCAUGGGGAAGGACGUUUUAAAAGUAACAAUAUCGUAGCGAGGGCGGAAAUUAAGCCUCCUUCUCUCUAUAAUAACCAACAUUUUCCAAAUUUGCCGUUUGCAAAAAGGUUUUUAAUGAUUCAGGUGCUCUUUGAUCGAUGCAGACUGGUUAAACUGGCCGUAAGGUCCAGCAGAGCAUUUAAUAAAUGUUAUGGUGAUAUUCAAAUUAGCGAGCCGCGUUAUCAAUAAUUAAUAGCGAAUUUCCAUACUCUUUCCCUGCAUGUUCAUCAUGUUUUUCGUUCGGAAUUGACGGAUUUUCUAUGUCAAAAGUUGAAAAAAAAACUUGGAAUGGUCUAACACAGUUUAGUAAAAUCCAACUAGUGGUCUAUUAUCAAUGCUGCGUUCUGAUUGGUUGAGUUACUACUAGGCAAGGGGGGAGGUAGCUCUAUUGUUUUCCGCCUAAGUUUCUUGACCCACUCCGCCUGCCAGUAUGACGUCACAUAGUAACGGGCAAGAGCCUCGUGUCGCUUGUGCAAAUUAGCAAGCCGGAUACGACAGUUAUUUGGACGAGCGAGGUCGAGGAAAAGCUAAGAAGCUAGCAAAUAUCGCUAUAUAUCGCUAAUUUGAUCGAAUGUGUAUGAGCCUUGGUGUUUCUAUAAUCUGGUUGUGUAAACCGUUUUGAUAAUUUGUGUCCGUGAUUGUAUAAUUUUGUUAAUUUGUUUUGCGGGCCGUGUUGCGGGAUCGCUAUCUAUUUCACGGGACCGGCAAGGUCAUCAAAACUUAAAUCUUUUUUUUCUCUAAAAUAGGCAAGGUCUAGUCUCCAGAAUAGGAAGUUCCAUUCACAGAUCUUGCAUGUUUAUAUUUCAUCUAUUCUUUUGCUAAUUUAAUGGGCCUAACUUCAUAUCAUUCCUUUCGAGUGUGGGUCUCUGUUGAUCUCCUAAUUCUUCACCAAAUUCAGUAAAGCUACAAUCUUGUUGAGAAAAUUGCAUACUUGGGGGGCAUUUUUUCUAAACUUGGUAGCCGACCGAUUCUUCCCUUCCCCCUCCCCCUGAUGAAAGCAGUGUUGUUGGGUCUUCAAAAGAAAGCCGGAUCUCUAAGCAUUUGUAGGAGGCAACUUUGAACUGGGGGAGGGCGUUUUCUUUACGCAAAGCCGUUGAUUUGGAAAUAGUUUUGUUGCGUUACGUAGUGCGCAUUAAUAAUAACAUUUUCUCGAGUAGUUUUGUCCAGGAUUGUGGUUCGAUCGAUUACCUACAUCGAGUCGGCCCGUUGAACCCGAAAUAAUGCGGAAUAGCUUGGAAAUACGAGCUUAAGCCAAUUAUCAUAUUAUUAUUAUCCUGUCAUACUGGCAGGCGGACUGUAUCAUAGAUUUCCUUGGAGACACCUCCCCCCCCUCACCCCCCUGCUACUAGGCUAUAUGUAUUAGCCCACUGAUACCGAAAAGCGCGGGCUUUUUGGCGGCAAAAAAGGACUAAAGUCUUGCUUUAACUAGCUAAAAUUUUUUUAUUCUCGAUAUUUUUGACCAACCAGUUGGAUUCUACUAAAACAAUUAUUCCCCUCGUCCUCAUGGCCUCUGAGUCAAUAGCCCAUUCGGCCCUCGGCCUCAUGGGCCAUUGACUCAGAGCUUAUUCGGGCUCGAGGAAUAAUUGUUAAAUAUCGUUUAAACAAAAGAAGCAAGGCUGAUUUUACACUCGGGAAUAUAUAUGUAUAUUUUUUACCAAUAUUUCGGAAGACACGGCCUUCCUUCUUCAGAAGAAGGAAGGCCGUGCUUUCCGAAAUAUUAAUAAAAAUAUAUAUUAUUAAUAAUCACAAAAGUUCAGGUUUCAGGAGUAAUCAUUGAUCGUUUAUUGCGACAGCGCUGUUUCGUUUGGUCCGAAAUUGUAGGACCACACUCAUCAGGCAACUUCAACGAUAUUCCCGACUGUAAAAUCAGCCUUGCUUCUAUUGUUUUAUAUUUUCACUUAUUACUGAUUAGAUCCUUCAUUAGGAUCCGGUCCUUCUUUUUUGUAAGCUGGUCCUUGCUUCAAAAAGUGCAUUUAAAUAUCGUUAGCCGCCAUUUUGGGUCAUGCGUGUCGUCAUUAUCUCCAACAUGAAUUUGGCAGGAAGUGAAAGAGGCCGAUUAAGCUUUAAUUUUUACCCCUAUUUUAACUAUUUGAUUUACAGUUUCCUUUAAAAACAAAAAUACAGUGGUAGUGCCUGUCAGUUUUUAAUUCACUAUAAACCAUAAAGGACAUUACGUUCGUCUGAUUAAGAACUACUGUUACAGCUCCGCUGCCAUAUGGGGAGCAAGCUUUCUCCUUUAUUGCCCCAAAACUAUGGAAUACCCUCCCAUUAAGUAUAAGAGGUUGCAAGUAAGCAGAAUUUUUUAAAUCCACUCUUAUGACGUACCUUUUUAGAAAUUACUUUGAAUUGUAAGAAUCAUUAAUUAUUACGAUUUUUCAGGCUUUUUUAUGUUACUUAGUUUUCUUUAUCAUUCACUGUUGUAAAGUGCUGUUGGUUCAGUAGAGCAACAGCCGAGAAAUAAGAUUAUUAUUAUUAGUUUUCUAGCUAUUUGAACUGCCCGCUAAUUUCACUGAAGGAAUGCCGACUCACAUAAUGGAUGAUUUCUUCUUAAUCAUGCUUCAAUGCCCUCACGGUUUUGUGUUGAGCCCCUCGGAAUGAAAUGAGCAGUAUAGGGUCUACGAGAAACAGAUCGCGUUUCCUGAUUUUCCUACACAUAGUGGAUGCCCCAACGUCUUGCCGGAGACGACGAAAUGCAUCUGUUUUUUCGUUUUCAGUGACUUGUACAGAAAAGACCAAUCUUCUGACGAACGGGAACGUCACUUUCUGGAACUGUACAGAUGGGUUAAUACACAUCUACAUGACUUGUUUGAAAUCAGUAACAGAGUUAGCAGACGCAGCCUCAAGAAAUUGUUGCGAAUUUCACGUCCAAACGCCAAAUUACAGGUCAACAAAAAGACCAGGUAAUGCCUCACUUAAAUUCCAGUUGGGCUUAAAUUGCAUUCGCCAGUCUACUCUGGUUAUUCAACAACACCAUCAUACGUUCGUACAAUAUACCGCCACGUGGUAUGAAUUUCAUGCCAAAAUUUUGAAAACCUGCCAAGAAUUGUAAUACUAUUCAUUGCCUGCUGGUAAAACCAUUCUCUCUAAAGGAAUAUUUCUGUCACCACCCAGCAGCUUUUAAAACUUCUAGCUAAUUUCAACUGAUAUCCCUUUUCAUCUCUUCAGAUAGUUGAACAAUGCGGCAACACAUCCAACCCAAAUAAUGUUCUCCUUUUCUUCGCCCAAAUCUCAUGAGUUGUUAUAUUCAAGAUUAUUGUUUUUCCCAAAAACAUUUCACAGUAUCCUUGAUAUAAAGUUACACAACUUACCAUCAGUUGCCAGGGCCUUAGUACGCAUGCGCAAGCGUUUGCGAGAAUAACGGCCUGACCACGCUUAUCACUAAUUCACGGUUUUUCAGCCUUAUAGCAAAGUUAAUGGUGAUUUAAUAAUUGCAGCUUCCUGUGAUUUGAUCUACAUCGGAAAUAGUGCUCCAGCCUGGGACUGCAAGUUGGAAUCAGCUAAGCUUCGAAUAUUUACAAAAAAGGAUGGAACUUUUACCAAUUGCUCAUAUACAGAUGGUUAUAAGAAUCUGAAUGAUCGAUGCACAGGUACGUGAAUUAACUGUCCCCGAAGAGCCUAUGGCGCAAAAUUCUCUUAGUAACCAUAUAUCCUGAGAAGAGGAGAGCUAGAUAAAACUUAGACUUCACAUGUAUUUUCAGGUUAACUCUCACUGAACCGCAUUUCUUUUCUGGUUUCUUCAUUGAUCAUUAUUUUUGUGUACAAAAGUGUUUCACACAGGCAGUUGUUACCUCAGCUUUUCCCGUGGCUUUCAAUUACGAUUACGACUUAUUUGAGCGUACAUCUGUAGGUUGGUAUAAGGAAUUAAAAUAAGGCAGACUUAAUUCAAAUUAUGACCACACGGAUAUUGAAGCUAAGGGUAAUCGCGGCGUUAAAAAUAACAAAAAUGAAAGUAAUAUAAGAAAAUCUUUGCCUGCACGAAACACAGGCCUUGGCGAGAUUACAGUUACACCUCUGGACUACAAAUCAACUACACCUAAAAGCACCAGCGUGUUCCCAACUUUAAGCCUUUUCUCAGCCACACUAGGAGCUUAUGGGACAAACACAAGCGGAAGGCACAGUACAACCAAGCUGGGACACCACAGGACAGCUACACUUGGAAGCCACAGCUCAGUUAAUACGGACAGCCAAAUGUACUUCACACUUCUUAACUUCGUCUCGACCACAUCUGGAUACCACCUCUUAACCCCAACUAGAAGUUAUGCCACACCUACAGUAAAAAGCCUCAUCUCAACAACAAUCAAAAUCCGGCACGACGUUAACGUGUCAAAUAAACCAAGCACGCCAACACCUUUUCUGAAAACAAAGCAACCUGCUUUUACUACAGUUGCAGGAGGUGAGAAACGGCUUCUGUUGCAAAACUUAAGGCUUUAAUAUUUAUAUUUAGACAAAUUUUAAAACUGUAUUUCUCGAGCUUCAGAAAAACUCUCCAAAGUAGCCGAGCCAAUAUAAAAAUUUACAACAUAACAAUUGUUUCUUUUCCCCUUUUCUCUCCUCUUCCCUCGGCGGGCCAAACCUCAAAAUCUCUUGUUCUGGACCUACUGCGUCGAAAUAUCUACGGUUUUGAAGAUCUAGUCAGACUUUUGCGAAUGUUGCCGUUUGCCAUCUGACAAAGGCUUUUCAAGUGGCCUUUCGGGGCUCUACCGUCCCAUUCUGGAGACAUUUCUGACUGAAUUUUUGAAAACGUAGCUGUGCUGAAUUCACUAUUCCCGCUGAGCUCGACCAUUUUCUUUCCCACAAUUUUUUCUCUUUUCUUCCUUCCUCUACUCUCUUUCAUUUCAUUACUCUUUUCUCCUUCUCUUCCCCUUUAUUUCGCGUUUAGAUUCAAGUCUUUUGGACUAUACAUAUAUUUAUUUACUUUUCUUUUUUUUACCAAAUAAUGGUUUAGUUUCCAUAACGUUUGUUGACCGUAAUCCAGGUAGAUAUAUAAAGUAGCUAUAUAUUCUGGGAUGUUUCACGAUUUUUCAAAACAGCUCUGUCUCAACAAAUUUAUUUCAUCAGGGAUCAAACAACCAGAAACGAAGAAUGGAACCCCGUUAAUAAAAGAAACAAUGAAAGAUUUAGUAAGUUAACAGUCAACAAUCGCUUUUAAAUAUAUGAACGAGCUACGAAUCUAUAAAAGAAAAUAUUUGCUGGAAAAAUAGAAUAAUUUUUAUGUCCUCUCUCUCUGGCUUUAGUUGAGUACUAGGCCUCGUUAGCCUGCGCCGCAGAUGAAACUAAACUCUGGUUAAGUCCGUCCUCGAAACAGCACCGAAAUCCUUGUUCUGGGUCCCCGCCCAGAAAUUCAAAAUCUGCUUCCGGUAAUUCGUUGAGUCCGUUGGGAGCACAGAACAACGAUCUCGGCGCUGCUUCGCAGACGUUUCUGACAGAGGUUAAAUUACGUCUGCAAAGCAGGCUAGGCCUUGUGGAGGACACUAUUACACUAUUAUGUGACACCCCUGCUUAGGUUAAGUUGCUUCGGGUGACCAAGCGAGCUGUGAUUGCCAUUCGCGAAUAAUGCUUGACGUGAAGAAAAUGCUUUUUUAUCGCUUCGGUUUGACUGCAGGGCGGAAAGGCAUAAAAGAUAAGGGAACAAAAUUUAAAACUACAAUAACCAGGAAAUUGAAGACCGAUUAAAUUUAUAAAUCAUUGAGAUCUGAUAGUGUGAACUUGCUCAAGUCAUUUUACAGCUCAUUUAUGGUAUCUUUUUCUUUCUUUUUAGGGUGAAAGUUUGAAUGGUGUGAUUCGACAAUUUAACUGUACUUCUGUAUCUGUGAGUCAUGUUAAAAAGAAAAAGUAAAAAGAAAUAAGUUAGUACAUGAAAUGUGCAAAAUGUCCAGCCCGCGUCGCUAUGCAUAUUCUCUCUCUCAGUGUCUCUCCUUUUUUUUGUGCAAUAAAUCAGGUGGAAGAAAUACUUCUGGAUGUAGAGCAAAAAUUGCCUCCGCUGAUCAAGCCCCUUCUCAAUUCAACAGGCAUUGAAGACGAAUCAUAUUCUGACGAGAUUUUUGGUACUUUUCAUGAUUAAUUCUUAAUUAAUUAAGUCAUUACGAAAAUGUAUUUCUUCCGGUAGUUUAGUUUCAUAUUUAUCAUAAAUUAAGUUAUGUUGCAUCUGUUUCAAAAGUAGUUUAAUUAGUUAAUAAUUCAAUCAUUUUACUUUUUUGAUAGCUAUCUCACUUUUAUAUCUUAAAUUGAUUAAUUCAUCAUCAAGUCUACCUUAGUUAAUCGAUUGUUUGAUUGACAACUUCCCGCAUCAUUUUUUUUGAAAAGUUCUUGUUUGAUUGGCUGAUUGGACGAUUUUUAAUUCAAUAAUUAAGUGAUUGAGCUAUCGUUAUCAUUGUUAUUAUUAUUAUUAUUAUUAUCAUUAUUAUCGUUAUUUAAUUCUUUUUUUAGUCUGAUGUAAUCUCUAGAGAUUUAAAAAAUUACACAUUAAGUCAUUGUUUCCAAUACAGAAUUACACGCAGUCGUUACGUCAGAUUUGAACAAAACGAUUGAAGUUCCUGCAAACUCAAGCAAGCAGUCACAAGCUUCACUCAGAUUAAUGCCUGGCUUCAUCGAUACUACACAUGGCAAGUCUUCUUUUUAGGCUCAUCAAUGCACAGCAUUAAAUUUCAUCCAAUAGCAAUCAAUAUAAUUCGUAGUUAGAGUAUACAGCUCAUUAUGGUUGUCUGAUAUUACAUUAUAUUGCUUUUUGACUGGUGAUCUACACGCAGGAUUAUUAAAAGGAUCGGUUAAAGGAAAAAAAACUUUAAAAGCAACUUCUACUUUUUGAUUUCAUUAAUUAAAAAGAUAACUUGAAUUGAUUUAUAUGGAAGGCUAAGUAGGGUUAUUCUUGACUGCUUGUUGUUUUUUUGUCACAUAUUUUAGACCGACUGGUAAUUGUAGCAGUUGUAUUUAAAUUCGAUGCCCUAUGUAACAACACAAAAGAGUUAACAGUGGACUCGCCCGGCACAAAAAGGUCAGUGGCUAUCACUUUACUUUUAGUCCCGAUUCAAUUUUACGCGAGUUUUUGUUAACAAAAGCCUCUUAUUCUGGGGCAUACAAGGUGGGUCGAUCCCACACCUCAACAGGGUUAUCUAAUAUUUUUAAGAUCUUGAAACAUAAUCGUCAUCUCUUGGUUACUGUUUAGGUAAUCCUUGGACACAUUUUGGCAAACUUUGGUGACAGUAGGUUGCCACAGGUACGCCAAAUAUAAAGGCAUAAAUAAAGAGGGUUCAAGCUUCUUUUAAAAAAAAAUGCGCGUUUGUUAAAUCAGCAAAAUGUUGAAUUAAAACGUAUUGCUACCUCGAGUAAAUACAUUUUAAGAGUAAUCGUAACAAAUUUAAAUUGAUUGCUAAAAUCCAAGGAGACGGCCAUGCUGGAGGGUCUGGAUCGGGGGGGUGGGGUUGGUACAAAUGUCAGUUGUCAGUUAAAUUUUAGGCUUUUGGCCAGUUUUCAGUUAAAUUGUUAUUAAUCAUUAACUAUGAAACUUAUUUGUAUAUUUUUGAUUCGAAUUUUGGCUUAAAAGGUACAUAUAAUGUAAAUUAAACAUUAAAUUCGAAAACUGAUGCAAUAGUACCUCAAUUUUAAUCAGCUUUACUAUUGUAAGCAUUUCGAGUGGCCUUCCAUUUCUCAAGUCUUGUGUUGCUCCUCCACUCGAACGUUUUUCCUGGCCAGAGUCCAACAUUGCCAACCUUUAAGCCAAUCAAAAUUUAUACCAUCAGAAUAUUGUAUAGGCAUUAUGCGUGAGUCUAAUCACGCCUGUGGACUAAAGACAUCGAUCUCACGCAUUAAGUACAAUUUAUUAUGACGCCUGACUCACAAGUCCAGACAAUUUGUUCUUAACACAUGAUGACUUUAAGUCCUUUUUUGUGCUCUAACGAAAUCAUAUCAAAGCACGCUAAAAGUGUCGUCUUUUAAGUAGCUUCAGAAGUGCUCAAACGUCUUUGGGAACAGUCUGCGAACAUUUAUUUUUCGGCAACUUUCGAAAUUCUUCGGAAAUUCGUCGGAAAUCUUCGGAAGUCGCCGGGACGUUUCCGGAAAUCUCGGUCAUUACAAGGCGAAAUCUCACGUACUUGACUCAGAAAAAGUUGGCAGGUAUAAUAUUGGGAUGUAGAUCGUACGAAAACUAGGAAAAACCGUUUCUCAGUCAUCUCAGUAAAAACUUGCAGUUGCCUUUGUAACGCCCUCAGUCUGAGCAGCCAUUCAGAGGAGCGUAAAUUUGAGAUUUACAACAGAUGGUACAUGACACACAUGGGUUUUACUGCAGUAAAAUCAUUAACGAAAUAUGACACUUAAACGUCUUCCUGCUAAGAUUACCCCUAAAAACGCACAUUUGAUCACAUUGUCUGAUGAAAAGAAUGGAACAAUGCUAUUUAAGGCCUUAAAAAAGGGUUUUGAAGAAAAUAGGGGUCAAUCAGGUCCUUUGUCAGUUGACAGUAAAACCUAAGGCAAAUGUCAGUAGUCAGUUAAAUUUUCGGCCAUUUGUCAGGUAUCAGUUAACCCCAUUCAGACCCUCAUGCUGGAUGCCAUUUUUAUGACGUCACAGGCUCCCUCCAGAAGCAUGUCCCCUAAUAUUUAUAUCGUACCGUCAUCAAGCUGUGAGUCACAGCUUGAUUAUAAACGAUCGAUUCCUCUCUCCAAAGAGGAUUUAUGGUUAAACAGUGUUUUGACAUAGUAAAAUGCUUUUUUCCAGAUCUGCACUGAAGGCCCCAAUAGUGUCUUUUACAGCUAUAACGAACAGGGGUAGCUUGAAAAUGCUUCAAAACAACGCGACGAUAACUUUUCGAACAAAGGUAAAUAACUAAAUAAUUUAAUAUUUUGGAAAAGGAAAAGGGUUUAUAGAAGAGGCUUAAUCACGCAUUUUGCUUCGAAUAUUUCAAGUGGUCAUUGGCCUAUUUCUUUACGCAGGUCUCUUUUCCUUGAAAGCUUUUAAAGUAUUGAUAAUAAUGAUGUUUUUAUUCACCCCAAAAUUAAAACAAAACCAAAAACAUAAGAAAAAUGUAAAAACAAUGGAAAUACAAAUAUUGUUCUAGCGAAGGUUGCCUAAAAAAAAAAGGUAUAAGUUAUUUAAACGAAAUCUAACUUAGGCCCCGGUUUAAAUCAUUGAACCUCGAGAUCUCUUUCUUAGAGGGUUAAUUUCACAAAAUAAGUGCUUGUCCAGUCUACGCUAUUGCUUUAUUGAAAUUGUUUUCGAUUAAUACUCGGUUUAGAUAAAAGCGUCGGGCAAACUAAAAAUGGUUUAGAACGCGGUAUUAUUAAACAUGAGCUAAAGUCCGUUUAAAAAUCUGGCCCAAAAUCUGUUUCUUGUUGAAUGAAUUUAAUAGGUGUAAAGGUGAAAUAUAUAGCUAGGAAUGCUGAUUCCCAGUCGUCUUCUCUCAUCUCAUCAAAUCGCAUCACCCGUAAAAGUUCAUUCUUUUGUCACACUUCUUGAUUACUAACUGCAUGUCUUGUUUCAUUACUUUUGCCCUGUAAAAUUUCCUGAGUUGAUGAUUGCUCUUGUUGCCUUUUCUUUUAAGAGUCAAAGCAAUUCAACAGCUUGCAGGUUUCUAGACACUUCCUCCGGGUAAGUGUGAGUGUUUUGCGGAAAAGCCGCUAUCCUCGGAUAAGAAAUUGCCGUAAAUAAGCGAGGACUUCAAACAAAGAAAAACAAAUUAUGGUUUGAAAAAAAAAUUAUGAGCAAAAAAUCCAGAAAUAUCAGAAGCCUCAGUUGUUCUUUAAAGUACAAUAUGUAUCUGACUUGAUUUUAACACUCACUUGAUACAUGCUCCUUUGUUUUAAGGAAGAAUGGAAAACUUUUUCAGUUAAAAGUGAAAAGCUUCUCAUCCUUUCUAAUCCGAUUCAUUGCACAUCUCUGACACUUCUUCCAGAAACCAGUUUUAGGACGUCACUGAUACCCUUGUCUGUUAGUUAUAGAUCAUACUGUACAAAACAGGAAAACAAUUUUCUGUGACGUCAGCAUUGCGUCAGUACUUAAACAGGUCAUUAGAUAACAAAAAUUAUAGUGUAUGUCGAUCAUUUUUCAGUACUUAAAUGUCUUUUCAUGAUAAUUUUUUCAGUCUUUCUUCUUUUCACUCGAUCAGUUCCUUUUUAUUUUCUUAGUGACCUGGAGUAAACCUUCAUAGCUUUGAUUGUUGCCAAGAAAGUUUUCAUUCAAUCCAUUUUAUAUUCUGAUCAUAGGCUUAGUUUUCUGUCACUGAUAUUGUGUUUCUCUUCGUUACCUUCAACUCCACGUCUAGUAAUACGACUUUCUGGUCUGGCAGCGGCUUAACAUAUGUACAUAGCCAGGAUCAAAACUCCAACUCCACUAUAUGUCUGACAAAUCAUUUCACGAGUUUUGCUGUUCUUGUUAGCUACCAUGGCCAGGACGAAGCAGUGAAGGUACUAAUCAAAGGAAAAGAACGCUUACUUUAGGCCUUGUUCGAUUGUCCGUUUUGAAUUCCGGAACUAAAUACUAGUUUAAUAAACUCUUACUAGAAAUCAACUGUUUUGGCAUCCAUUGAAUUAGAAUAUCUAGAAAAUUGCUUAAAUCAAAAUUAUCAACGUGGGUAGAGUUUUUAAAAAUGGUCCAAAAUUUAAAAUAACAGUAGAAGAGAUUGUAACAAACGUUUUGCGUGAUCUCAUUCCGGAAUACAAUUAUUCGAACGCACCAUCUGGAGAAAACUAAACAUCUAAGAUCUGGGGAGGAACACAUUGUACAGGUUACACAAAAACACCUUGCUGAAGAGUAAAUAAAGCAGUGUUGCCUCGAAAAGAAAACCAAAUAAGCCUUUUAUACAAUGCUAAUAGGGCCUACGCCAAGGUUUUUGUAUCUUAAAAUGAAAAAGUUUGCGUUUGUUAUCCAAGCAUGUUAGUCUUUUCUAUCCUAAACCAUCUUUAAUCCUUGGUUAUUCUUUACAGUUUGGAUUUUUUUUAUUUCACGUACAUUGUAUUCUGUGUUUUUAUUCAAUUUCAAGAUAUUAUCGUGCAAGUUAAUGACUCUAAAUAGGGUGAAAAGUGCGGCUUGGGGAAAAAGAGGUCUUCAUUCUGGCGGUGAAAUUAAGAAGACUUAGCAAGAGGGUGUUCUGAGCUUAGGGGUUUAUAAUUUAUCAUUUCUAGUUUUCCGAGGGUGAAAAAAAGGCACUGGACCUUAUCACAAAAAUUGGUUGUGGGAUAGCAAUCGUCUGUCUUGUAGCAUGCAUAUUUACCUUCGCAUGUGUCAGGUUAGUACUGUAGUAUGUACAUACCUCGUGCGCAUGCUUAAUCAGUUUAUCACAAAGUCAUUUAUCACUAGUGAGGCUAACAAAAUUUUUUUGACUUAGGAGCAGAAAUCUCAUUGAGAACAUCUUAGCUCGUUAAAACUGGAACACUGCAUAAUGUAUUUAGACUUUUGACGUAUUAGCCUUAAUUAGCGGAAGAUAGGAUACUGGAGAAAAAAAUGGCUGCAGUUAAAAUGUUAAUUUAUUAAAUAACCGAUUAUUUUUUAACAAAAAAUACACAAGAGACGAAUAGUUGAUGAAUACCUUUCAAUCUGAAUACCUUUCAUUGUGUGUGUUUUUCAGAAGCUUAUCCAUCCUUCGAUACAGAAUCCAUCUAAAUCUGUGUAUUUCUUUAGCUGGGUCACUUUUAAUAUUUGUUGCUGGUAUCGAAGCCACAAACAUAAAGGUAAGUGAAGCUUUCAUCAUCAUCAUCAUCAUCAUCAUCAUCAUCAUCAUCAUUAUCGUACAAACUCGUUUUUAGCAAGAGCUGCAAGACUCCUCCUUUUAUUAUCUGUAUAUUUUUGCUAACCUUUAUUAGAAAUUUACUUAAUAGUAUUUCGUAGUAUAUGUUUUUCUCCUUUAAUCACGUAAAUCCAUUGUAUAUGUUGAUUUUUAAAGAUGGAUACACAAAGCUUAUGAAUUAUUAUUAUUUAUUAUUAUUUACUAUACGUCGCUUGUUCAGCACAUAAUAUAAUACAACAACGCUAACAUUGCCCUGAACAUCACUCUUGUUAUUUCAAAAUUGCUUUCUUAAAAUUGUCAGUAGGCAAAGAUUUUACUUUUACUUUUUAUUUUGUUUUGCUAGGGUGUUUGUAUAGCCGUAGCAGUUAUGCUUCACUACUUUUUUACAGCUUCAUUCGCCUGGAUGUGCGUUGAAGCCAUUCAUCUGUUUACGAAAGUUGUCUCAGUGUUUGAUGUGCAAACAACAAGAAUGCGUUAUUACUUUGCACUGGGAUGGGGUGUGUAUAAAUCAGUGUGUUCUUUUUUCCUCAAUGAACUUACAUCAAGGAAAUAAUGGUGGUAAUUCAAGCAAAAAAUUAACGUUAAACUACAAACGCCUGGCCGGGUUGUUCAUAGCUGGGUUACGAUAACAUGGGAUUUGUGCGAAAUUUGAAUUCGGAUGCGGGAGCUUAAAACGCUAAUGUCAUAGUCCUUAAUUUUGGCGCGAAAUUUCAGCGAAGAUUUGUAAUUUCACAUGUGAAAUUACAAAAAUUGCCAUGGCAACCUUCCGUACGUCUCAGUGUCAAGAUGACGACGAAGUUUCAAAAUGUCAUGAACGAAGAUGCCAGGGCAUAAAAAGACGUCUUAAAAAACCUGAACACACGAAAGAGCAUAUCAAGAAGGAUUCCAACAGGUAUUUUGUUGAAAAAUUCUGAACUUAAGCCAAAUUUAAUCACUAAACGUUCGAGAGAGGGAAGUUCUCGAUCGAUGCGAUCCAGAAUAAACAUGUCAAAAAUCCAAGAUUGCUAACGUAAUUCGUCACCCAUGAUAUUAAUAGGUAAUCAAAUGGUAUACUCGAGAAAUUAGGGAAUAAUUUCACUUGCGUUUUGUCCAAAUCCUGAUAAUUAUUAGGAUUUGGACAAAACGUACACGUACACAUUCAGUUUUAUUCUUUUUGACUGCAAAUUGAUGAUUGGGUCUUAAAAAUAACAGAGAAAUAUUAUCCGGGAAAGUGCUUUUGAGCAAAAGAAAAGAAACACAGAUUAAAAUUAAACCCCGGGUUAGCGGCACUAAUCGGCCCUCGAACAGCUGGGUCUAGAAGGGGUUUUGUCAUUAAUAUCAUGGGUGACAAAUUGCACCUUAAUUCUAACGCGAAAUUUCAGCUUUAUAUACAAUUUCAGAUGUGAAAUUACAAAAUUGCAAGGCAAAGUUCCCUAUGUAUCAGUGCCACAUUGGCCGCAAAGUCUUAAAUGAAUGAGAUGUCAGGGCAUUAAAAGACUCUUUAGGAAACCUAAAGACACGAAAGAGCACAUCAAGAAGGAUUCUGUCAGGUACUUUGUCGAAAAACCCCGAGAAUUCUGAACUUGAGCCAAAAUUUAAGAUCUAAAGUUUUCAAAGCGUGGAGUUCUCGAUUGAUAAUCAAUUUGAUAAACAUGUCAAAAACCUACGACGGUGAGUGUAAUUUUUCAUCCGUGAUAUUAAUGGGAAUAAUUUAACUUACGUUUUAUCCAAAUCCUAAUAAUUUCCCUCGCCUUAAGGCUAAGGAAAUUAUUAGGAUUUGGACAAAACGCGCGUACAAUUUAAUUCCCUAAUUUCAAUUUUUAAUUUCAAUUUUCUUCAUCGACAGUGAAACAAACGAAACUAUUCCACUCCAUUUCCGAAAUGUUUUUCACUUUUUUAGCGAGAAAGACUCUUAGAGUAAAACUUUUCUCGUUGAAUGUGUGCGAAGCGGCGCUGCAAGCGGGAAUUUGGCGCGAAAUUCGCACACCUCUGUGGCUUCUGAUUGGACGUAUCAUUUUUCUCACACGCGAAAAAACAUCGUUCGUGAUUCAGAUUGAACGUAUCAUUUUUUUCACGUGUUAAAACCAUCGUUCGCCCCUGUGAUUGGCUAGAACUAAUUUGCGUACGAAAAUUUACGACAUAGCUUUUUGGUGAGUAUUUCUCAGUAUGUAUAUAAUAAAACCAAUUCGGUGAUGAACCUCCCUCAAAAAUUCAUGCAGCCGACAAUUUUUUAGCUACUUCAUCGGUAUAAAUCAUUAGAAAUAGGAAAAUUUCUCAUUUUCUCUAACACAGGGUUGCCUGCGGUCAUAGUCGUAAUAUCAUUGAGCGCAAAUUAUAAGGGAUACAGCACAUCGAAAGUGUAAGUUUUUUUGGAAAUGUUAUAUAACAACCUGAUUUGCCAAAUUUUCCCCACCAUAAUUUUUUUUAUAUUUCACCUACAUCAUCACUCCUUCCUCCAGUCCGCAAGGGUGAGUUUUCCUUCAUCUUUUUUAUCCUCAAAUUGAUAUUGACGUAAUAGUUAUCUACAACCCCAUUCUGAAGUUAGAACUCGAGGGAGUCAUCGUUAUAGAUAUAGGCAAGAUAAUGUGACGAAGAACAUUUACAAGACUAUGGAAUAAGCUACCCGCGGUAAUAGUUGAGUCAAAGUCCUCGGCUAUCUUUAACUAUAAAUUACUCCCCUACCUAGCUAAGAAUCACUAGACGUUUAUACCUUCAUAUUUUUUACUCUAUAUUAUGAUUAAAUUAUUUUUAUAUUUGUAUUAUCCGAGUUUAUCGCGUCUGAUUUUACAUGUACAGGUGUUGGCUAGAAGGCGACUCUGUUUGGGCGUUUAUCGUUCCUGUAAUAAUCAUUGUAACGGUAAGAGGUGAUGUUUCUCCACUUUAUUGAAAACUCCUGGCAGGAAGACUAAUUCAACUCCAUAUAUAUAAAGAAUACAAAUGCAAUACUAUGAAACAGGCCCCCCCGCAAAGAUAUGAGACUGUCCCGAUUACUUAUAAUUUUUCUAUGAAGUUGCCUUUACAAUUUCAUGAUCAGUAUAUUGAUUAAUAACAAUUAUACCCUUUUUGGGAUUCUUAUAUAGAGGAAAUUGGACGACUUUAAUAACUAGACAUUUCUGCGAAUAAAAAUGAUCACUUAUUGUGUUCGAAUGGAUUUCAACAGACAACUGGUCAAAACUGCCAGCUACGAAAUGGCCUGUUUGAAAUCUUCCCUUUGGGCGAGUGAAAGGUGACUUUCACAAAAUGUAGAAUGAUAUUGACCGAGAACAAUAUCAACGGAAAUUUUAGUAAUUAAAAUUACUAAAAAGAUUUGGGCAGUCCCUGAUGGUUUCUGUUUCUAAUUCAGAUAAAUAUUGCUGUUCUGGUAGCUGUCGUUGCUGUUCGUGUAUCCUUGAAAGGGAAUCCACUGACACCAAAUGAAGAUAAAAGACUUACGUGAGUAAAUUAUUGAGCUCCUGAAAUUCUUUCCAUAUGGCAGGCAAUUUAUCAAUCUUAAUCUUGAUUUUAAAAAUGUGCCCAUGUUACAAACCAUGCAUGGCUUACACUUUGUUUUCCCUCUUUUAAGAUUCACUUUUGUUUCCUCCUGUUCGCUGUUUUGUUGUUUUUCUCUUUGUCGUUGUUUUUACUUUUAUACUUAAAAAACUCACUAGUCGCCACUAAAACAACUGAAAAUGUCUUUUUUCCCGUUGUCAAGAAAAAAAUCCCUCCUAGAAUUUCCGAAAAAUUAUAUUAAUAAAUGUAAGACAUAAUUAAAGUAACGUUUACGGUAAUUAUCUACAGAAUGUUCUGUUUCUGUUUCCAUUUGCAGCGCCGCUCUUAAAGCGGUAGUAAUAUUGUUCCCGCUACUUGGCCUUUGCUGGGUCUUUGGACUGGUUGGAGUAGUAGCCCGAAACAAACCAUUUCUUUACGCUUUUGUCAUUCUAUCCACUUUUCAGGUUUGGCUAAUUGUUCUUUUCUUCUUUUUUUUUUAACUUCUUGGAAUUUUUAGGAAUAAAAAGUGACCUUGAGACUAAAGGGCUUCAGUUAAAGACAACGGCAAUGUCUUGAAACCUGUUUGAUUCAACCUCUGUUUUGUACUUUUCAUAUUUUUAGGGCGUUUUUAUUCUUCUAUUCCACUGCAUUGGCAACACCGAGGUAAGAGUAUGUCAGGAAACAAAAAUAUCUUUAAUGAUUUCCUUGGUCUUUGUCACAGAUGUUUGCGGUCAUUCUAUUUGUUUUGUUUGAACAAGUUCUUAUUUCUCACACUGUCAGGUACGAAGUUCACUGAAAAAACUCCAAGAGCGCCAUUCACUUAGUUCAAGCAUAAAGAACGAACAGGUAUCAACAUAUUCGAUUAAUAGUGAAAAGAUAAAUUAAGAAGUCGUAACCCGAGAAAACAGAAAUUCCAUAGUGAUGACGCGUAACCCUGAUUACCUAGAUCUGGGUAUUGCUUUUGAUUGGUCAAAGCAAAUUUUCCUAGCGGCACAAGAAACAGAAGCACUACCCAGAUCUGGGUAAUGACACGUUAUAAAUAUGGCAUUUCUACGCCCGUUCCAGAGACAUCGGGCGCGAUCCUUUCAACCAAAAUUCCAACUGGUCCGACCGGAAAAAGUUGUCCCACCUCAAACGGUAGACCCGUUUUUUCGAAACGUUUCCGUUUGGACCGAACCGUUCUAUUGAGUGUUGGACCGAAAUUUCCGGAAAUUUUGGUUGAAUGGAUCGCGCCCAUCAUUUCGUCAAGAAACCAAUGGUGACGUGGGGAAAUGACGGCUGCGGUUUCCUCAGGCUGAACAAGUUACUAAGAAAUACUGCGCACAGCUGUUAAACCUUAUACACAAUUGACGUUUCUUUUACGUUUUCCUUUAGAAAAAUAAAUCAAAGGAUUACAAAAUGAAGAGAAUGCACAAAGAUAAUAUUACAAGCGAUUCAGAGAAAAAGGGAUUGCUGGCAAAGCUCUCGGUCGCAAGGUGUAACAGAAAGCAAAGAAACGACCCAACAGCUGUUUGAAUAAUUGCAGGGACAAAAAUAAAGUUACUCGGUCAUUAUUAUAAGCGAAUCUUUGUUUACAUUUUUUUGCCUCGUUAAAAAAGUAUAUGCUCAUUCAUCAUCUAAUAAAGCUAACAAUAUAAUAAACCUCUGAAUAUUGAAAGAGCAUGAAAAUUUCAGUUAUUUCUGAAAAUCUGAGCCCAACCUACCCAAUGGUUUUGGAGAAAUUCUCUUUUAAAAACUGGAAAUUUUACAAAGAAUGCAUAUGACUCAUUAACUCUUUUUCCACCUAGCAAUUUCGGAGUUUUCGAUGGCUGAUAUUUCCUUCAAUGUUGCUUGCUUAAAUUGCUCAAGUUAAUCAGCUCUUUCAACUUUUGAAUUUACGAGUUAAGGCGUAUGUUAAUGAGAAAAAAAUGUAAACAAUGACGAGAGCAAAGAUUCGCCCAUUAGCGGUGC